AUGUCUAAGGUUCAGUAUGCUAGUGCUGUUGGUAGUUUGAUGUACGCUAUGGUUUGCACUAUGCCAGAUUUAGCACAUGUUGUUAGUGUUGUGAGCAGGUUUAUGACUCAACCAGGGAAGGAACACUGGCAGGCAGUGAAGCGGAUUUUUCGCUACUUGAAAGGAACGGCAUAUUUGGGUCUCAUUUAUGGGAAUGAUGCUGAGUGUUUGGUGACUGGAUAUUCUGAUUCGGAUUAUGUUGGUGAUAUAGAUACUAGAAGAUCGAUGACUGGAUGUGAGGUAUCAUUUUCUGAGGAGUGUAAGAGGAUAAUGGUGAAGAAAGUUGGGACUGCAGACAACCCAGCUGAUAUGUUCACCAAGCGAGUUCCAGUUCGCAAGUUCAAACAUUGCUUGGACUUGUUGAACAUUGAUAGUCACAUAUGA